AUGGGACAAUCUGUAACUACCCCUUUGAGUCUGACCCUAGGUCACUGGAGCGAAGUCCAGGGCCGAGCGCACAACCAGUCAAUGGACGUAAAGAAAAAGAGAUGGCAAAACCUGUGUGCUUCUGAGUGGCCGACAUUUAAUAUUGGCUGGCCCUGUGAUUGCACUUUCGACCUUGGUAUUAUCUUGCAGGUGAAGGAACGAUUCGAUGCCGGGCUCCACGGACGUCCUGACCAGGCACCUGCCAAAUCUCAAUUAUAUCCUGUCCUCAAGAAAGAGAAAACCCCUCACUCCAAAUCUACUCUUCCUGCUGAUGAGUCUGAUCUUAUAGAUUUACUUUCAGAAGACAGAACCCCCCCUCCCCCUUAUCAGCACCCUACCCAGGGCACUGUAGGUGGCGGUGAUGCCCAGCAAAGGGGUCCGGACAAACCAGACAGUACCAGUACCACUCCUGCCCUGGAAAACGGACAAGAAGAGACUACUGCAGACUCCCCGGUAGGGGACACCUGCUCCUUUAUCGCCAGUUACUCACAGCGGGUCUCCGCUGGCCUGGGACGCUGUCCCACAAAUUUGGCUCAGACCGGCGGAAAACAAUACCGAUGGACCAUGGAGAGAAAAGUUCAUCUCACAUCAGGUAAAGUCUCACAUUCCUUUUUGCAUGUACCGGACUGUCCGUAUCCAUUACUGGGUCGAGAUCUACUGACUAAAUUAAAAGCCCAGAUCCAUUUUGAAGGAUCAGUAGCUAAAGUCUCUGGCCCACAAGGGGCUCCACUUCAAAUAUUGACUUUACAAUUGGAAAAUGAAUAUAGACUUUUUGAAAAGACUCCUGAACAACAGGAAGGAAUGGACUUAUGGUUAAAACAACACCCCCUGUCCUGGGCAGAAACAGGGGGCAUGGCGCUGGCCAUACAACAGUCACCCCUAAUAAUUCUCCUGAAGGCAACAGCCACCCCUGUCUCAAUUAAACAGUAUCCUAUGUCAAAUGAGGCAUAUCAAGAAAACAAGCCUCACAUUAAGAGACUAUUAGACCAAGGGAUCUUGAUCCCCUGCUGAUCCCCAUGGAAUACUCCACUUCUGCCUAUAAAGAAGUCAGGAACCGGGGAUUACAGGCCAGUCCAAGAUCUUAGGGAAGUCAAUAAGUGAGUGGAAGACAUUCACCCCAUGGUGCCAAAUCCCUAUAACCUACUAAGCACCCUGCCUCCUACUCAUCCCUGGUACACUGUCCUGGACCUGAAAGAUGCUUUCUUCUGCCUGAGGCUGAGCCCCCAGAGCCAGCCUUUUGCUUUUGAAUGGAAGGAUCCAGAACUGGGCAUUUCAGGGCAAUUGACUUGGACACGCCUACCCCAGGGGUUCAAGAAUAGCCCCACUCUCUUUUACGAUGCCCUUCUCCAAGACCUGGCAGAUUUCCGGAUCAAGCAUCCAUCUCUGAUCCUGCUGCAAUACGUGGAUGACCUCCUCCUUGCAGCCACCACUGAACAGUACUGCACAACAGAUACUGGGGCCCUAUUACGAACAUUGGGGAACCUGGGGUAUCGAGCCUCUGCCAAAAAGGUUCAAAUAUGUAGACAGGAAGUCACCUAUUUGGGAUACAAGCUAAUGGAUGGGCAAAGAUGGUUGACACCUGCCCUCAAAGAAACUAUAUCUCAUAUACCCAUCCCCCAAAACCAACGUCAACUUAGGGAAUUUUUGGGGACUGUAGGCUUCUGUAGACUCUGAAUUCUGGGGUUCGCAGAAAUAGCGGCCCCCCUUUACCCGCUAACCAAGCAAGACACACCUUUUAAAUGGACUGAGGAACAACAGCAGGCUUUUGAUGCUAUCAAUCAGGCCCUGCUGUCCUCACCAGCCCUGGGCUUGCCAGAUGUCACCAAGCCUUUUGAACUCUUUGAUGAUGAAAAACAGGACUAUGCAAAAGGAGUCUUAACCCAAAAGUUAGGACCCUGGAGACGGCCCAUUGCCUACUUGUCUAAGAAAUUAGACCCAGUUGCAUCAAGAUGGCCUCCAUGUCUCUGGAUGGUGGCAGCGAUUGCAGUCCUAAUCAAGGAUGCCACCAAAUUGACUCUGAGACAGCCAAUGACCAUACUGGCACCACACGCAGUUGAGUCCCUCAUCCGUCAGCCACCAGAUAGAUGGCUAUCUAACGCCCUUGUAACUCACUAUCAUUCCCUGCUUCUGGAUGUAUACAGGGUUCAGUUUGGGCCAAUAGUAACCCUGAACCCAGCCACCUUGUUACCGCUGCCAGAGGGACCAGCGUCCCAUGACUGUCAUCAGAUCCUUGCAGAGAUGCAUGGAACAGGGCCUGAUCUGACCAAUCAGCCCUUGAAAGAUGCAGACUACACCCGGUACACAGAUGGCAGCAACUACUUGCUAAAUGGUGAGAGACAGGCAGGGGCUGCAGUGAUGAAUGCCUCAGAGGUCAUAUGGGCCACUGCACUCCCCAGAGGCACCUCUGCUCAGCGAGAUGAACUCAUUGCUCUGACUCAGGAUCUCCAGAUGGCAGCAGGUAAGAAGCUUAAUGUGUACACUGAUAGCCGGUAUGCCUUUGCCACUGCCCAUGUCCAUGGAGAAAUUUAUCGGAGAAGGGGCCUUUUAACAUCAGAAGGCAAAGAAAUCAAAAAUAAAAAUGAAAUCUUGACAUUAUUAAAGGCCCUGUUCCUUCCUAAGAAAUUGAGCAUAAUAUAUUGCCCUGGACAUCAAAAGGGGGAAAGCCUGGAGGCAAAAGGAAGUCGCCUGGCUGAUGAAGCAGCCAAACAAGUAGCCUUAGGCCCCCAACUAUUGACUAUAAGCAUAUUGACUGAAAAGAAAACAGCUAAGACUAUACUGCCUAUAAAAACGGCAAAAAUGUUAAUAGACCACCUCCAUAAACUGACUCAUCUGAGCGCCAAAAAGAUGAAAACUUUGCUAGAUACACAAGAAAUUGGAACUUACCUUCCCAAUCGGAAUUUAUUACUGGAACAAGUAACUGCUAACUGUCUGGCCUGUGCCCAGAUCAACCAAGGAAAAACCAGACUGGAUCCUGGGACCUGGCUUCGUGGCCAUAGGCCUGGUGUCCAUUGGGAAAUAGACUUUACUGAAGUCAAACCUGGAAUGUAUGGUUAUAAAUAUUUACUGGUUUUUAUAGACACCUUUUCAGGAUGGGUGGAAGCAUUUCCUACCAAACAUGAGACUGCAAAAAUGGUCACCAAGAAACUAUUGGAAGAAAUCUUUCCCAGAUAUGGGAUGCCACAGGUAAUAGGAUCAGACAAUGGGCCUGACUUCAUCUUCCAGUUAAGUCAGCUGGUGGCCAGGUUGCUGGGGAUAAAUUGGAAAUUACAUUGUGCUUACAGACCCCAGAGUUCAGGACAGGUAGAAAGAAUGAAUAGAACCAUUGAUAAGGAGGCUUUAUCCAAAUUAAUGCUUGAAACUGGCUCUAAGGACUGGGUACAACUCCUACCUCUGGCCUUCUAUCGGGCCAGAAACACUCCAGGCCCUCAUGGCCUAACUCUCUUUGAAAUCCUAUAUGGCAGUCCACUGCCAGCUGUAUCAUUCUUUGAUGCUGACAUUUCUGAUUUUGCAAACACCCCCUCCAUGCAGGCACAUCUACAAGCCUUACAUAUAGUCCAAGAAGAGGUCUGGAAACCUCUGGCGGCAGCAUACCAGGAGGAACAAAGAACCUCUUGUCAGCCCCACUCUUUCCACAUUGGCGAUUCUGUCUGGGUUCGGAGGCAUCAGACUAAAAACUUAGAGCCCUGCUAGAAGGGCCCCUACACUGUGCUCCUGACAACUCCAACCGCCCUGAAAGUGGACAGGAUUGCUGCUUGGAUCCACGCAUCCCACAUGAAGGCCACACAACCAGAACAUCGGACCCAGGACCAGGCCCCAUCUGAAACAACAUGGAAAGUUCAGCGCUCUCAAAACCCCUUAAAGAUAAGACUUUUACGUUCCCAACAUUAG